AUGCUCAGCGUGGAGUGCAUCACCGGAUCGCAGAGGAAAAUCGGAAGACCACGGCGGCCAAAGCCUUCUGGCAUAGCUCAGGGAGAUGAUUCACUCCACGAAGGGGGACCGCAGUUGGAUUGGAGCAGGGCCAUGUCCCCAGCCCAAGUCACUGCUAGGGCAAUGGAUGAUGCAUUCACUCAGGCCCUGACGUGGCCAACCACUGGAAUGGACUCACUCGACCCAUAUUCGACUUCAUGGGAUACCAACUUUAACUUUGAUCAGACCAACUCCUUGUUUAGCUACGACCCAGGCAUCGCAAUCCCAACUCCACGCUCGCUCCAGACGCCCGCGGGAACGGCAUCAGCCGCCAACAGCCCUCCCUUUGCUCCGAUCGAGACCAUAGCCAUACCAGGGCCGGAAACAGCAGACGUCCUCGAUGCCUCCGAUGAUUUACGCAGGCUUUCCAAGAUGAACAUCGAUUUGCACAUCUGUGUUACAACUAUCAAGAUGCAUAUAACUACUCUAGACUUCAAUAGCGUAACCUAUCAGAAAAGCCCAUUGUGCAUCGACAAUCUGACCCUGGCCGAAUUCAUGCUCAAGACAUCUCAAGACUUUCUGUUGAUUCUCACGAGGCUUCUCGGCAGCCGGUCAUCACUUGGCCUACUGUGUGCUUCAGAUACCGCAGAUACACCCUUUUCAAAGUUGCUUCAAAACAAUCACCUCAAUCUAUCCUCCAACUCCAUCUUAUCCUCCCCUGUCGCCACCUCAGAGCCAUUGUCCGCGCCUCUCGCGCUCACCAUCACGAGUAUCUUUACCCAGAUGCUUUCGAUCUAUGAGCUGAUCCUCGAAUACAUCACCACUCGGGUCGAGCGAAUCGAUAUUGACCCCAUCGCCCCUAUUCCUGGUCUUAUGUUUGGGGGAACACCCGUGGAGAAACCGUGUAUACAGGGUAUGCUGUUUUGCGAAGUUAUUGAAUAUCUACUACAGAAGACAGAGCAGGUGUUGGGCAUCGCUUCUGUGUCCGAAGGUGGUGACGUGGGUUUGCUGUCGACGCGACAAAUAAGUGUGCUUUGGAGUGAGUUGAAUGGAAGACACCCUAUCAUUCCCGGUCAUGCCAUUAUGACGCCUGCCAAUAUGAGGAGAUUAUUUGGAAAAGUGGCAUUUAUCUUCAAACAGCUUUCCUAG